CACACACACACACACACACCAAUGGUAGCAGAGCUGAAAUGCAAGGCGCUAACCGGACCGCCAACCCUACAAUUAGUGGACAACCCGCUCUACCACCUGAUCCACAGCCGCUCCUAUAUAUGGAUACAGACUCAAUCAGCGCCUUCAGGCGUCAGGAUUCUUUAGUGAAUCUGUCUUUGUUUGGGGGGUUUUUUUUUGUGUUGACCGAGAUAAAGGAAAUGAAUAAUUUAUAGUCAAACAAAGCACGCACAAAGAACUCUUUCCUGCUAAUCCAGAUAAAAAUAAUUUCCUGUUAACUCCAGAUAAUCAUAUGCUGUGCGGAGACCUGCUGAUAGUAGCCCUACAUAACGAGAGCGAUGCAGCGGCGCUUUAGUGCUUCAGCCAGUCCAGCUCUAGUCAUCUUUUAGAUCUAGCCGAGUCGUGUCUCAGCUACCAAUGUCUUCCACUGCUUCUACGCCGGAUUCUUCAUUGACGUGAUGUCGAACGUCACCGGAAAGUAAAAAUGGAAUGAGGAAAACAUUCAAACGCUUUUGUUUUUAGGAGCUAAAACCGAAACUGGAACGUUUAUUUCCCUUAUGGUUGAGAUUGCUGUCAUUUUCCUCUACUUUUCUAACACCAGAAUCACCAAACUCAUCAGGAACAUUCCGAUAUAAACGCAUUUAAUGUGUUUCAGGGUGGAGUUUUCCUUUAAACACAGAUUCAUGACGUCUUCCUUGGUGAAAGCACCGUGACACUAAAUGACCUCAACAUUAUUAUUAUUAUUACAAUUAUGACUGUCCCAUCAAAUUAUUCCUCGCAAGCUCUGAAGAUGAAGUGACCCAACGGUUCGAGUGUAAUGUGGUUCAACAGAAUCGUGAUACUAGGUGUGUGAAGUUUGUCAUUUUUAUACUCCUAGGAUAACACAAAAAUAUGCAGGACAACAGACCAGAAUUGAGAAAUGGAGACAGUAUGGAUCCAAAUAAAAUACUGUACUUAAAAAAAAAAAAAAUUAAAUAAACAUGUUUACCUUCGAGUCGCUGGGUGGCGCUGUGACUCCCGCUGACUGAGGCGCAGGCAGCAGAAGAAAUGGUUUCAGUGGUGGAAGUGCUGUGUCUCCUCCUGGUCGCUGCGUUAUGGGGAGCCACCAACCCCUUCCUCAGGAAAGGAACCGAGGGCAUCGAGCACGUUAGGAAAGGAGACAAGAUCUCCCAGUUCCUGGCUGAAAUCAAGUUCCUGUUCCUCAACAUCAAGUAUCUGGUGCCGUUUCUGCUGAACCAGAGCGGCUCGGUGGUCUUCUACCUCACCCUCGCUGCGACAGAUUUGUCUCUGGCCGUGCCGACGGUCAACUCGCUGAGCCUGGUGUUCACGAUGGUCACCGGGAAACUGCUCGGGGAGGAAUUUGGAGGAAAAAGUGCGGUGUUGGGGAUGGUGCUCACUACAGCUGGCGUGACGCUGUGUGUGUUGAGCUCCGUCUCAGAGGCCGACAGUGCAGGAGUCCACACCACACCAUGAAUCUGGACCAGGACGAUCUUUGUCAUGGCGAACAUCGGUCUUCGCCGAGUACGUCCUCGUCCUGCGGUUCCGCCUCCCCGUUCGGAGAAGAGCGCCGUCUCCUUAACGAGGUCUCUCCAUCACGCGGCCCGUACCCCUUCCCGUUGUGCUCGCUGUCGCUAGGAGACGGACUGGAGUGUGCGGACGAGGUCAUGCGCUCAUCAGGUGCUCCUGUCUGAGUGAGCGAGAGGACGAGGCAUCAGCGAGGCUAAUUAGAGCAGAAGAUUGUGCUCGGUAAUGAAUGUCUCACUCACACACACAAACACACUCACACACACCUGAUGCAUGUGAUUUCUCUGUUCUGCUUGGCUCUGGUCGAGUUCCUCGUCCUGAACGACUUCAGCAACUCUCUGGAAAAUAAGACAAUAAGAUGAUCUGCUGUUAGAAAUGGGUGUAUUUGUAACUGCCAUAGUUAAACCUAAUUUUUUUUUAUUUUAGAAAUUCAGUACCAUUUAUUUCCCUCCAUGUUUUAGGUAUAAAACGAUGCCAUGGCUCAUACAGUGAGGACUACCAUGAGCUGUUUUUAAUCUAUAAUCAUUUAUCAUUUCUGUAGUUCCUCUAGUAAGACUUGCUCAUUCCUCACAAAUACAAGUCAGAAUUUUGUAGUCUUUAACUUGUUCUGCUGAAUGAAAGCGGUACAAACGAUAAUCCUGUUAAAACUGGUCCUCGUAAGUGACGACAGCUGAUUCAGCACCAUGGACAGUAGCCGGCGUCCCCCAUGUAAGUAAGAGCGAGCAGGUACUAAAUUUGCACGUGUUCGUUUAGUCUAAUUGAAGGCUUAAUAAAGCUGCCGUUUUUCUAAAUUCAGUCUUUCGGCGUGGUGUGAGCGGAGACAGAACGGAGUUGACGGGAGGAGAUGAUGGAUGUCGGUCGAGAGUGAGUGAAGACGAGGAGUGACCACCUGAUCUACAGGAAGCUCCACGGCCGUGCUCUCGUCCUCAGCCACCUCCUCAGCUCCUCGCACCUCCUCUCUCUUCUUCUCUACGCUCUUAAACACGCUCGCUUGGCCUGCAGUACACACACACACACACACAAGAUUCUUAUUUCUUUUAAAAUCCCGCAGCACAUACGCAGCUCUGUUUUGCGUUAAGACCCGUCAUUAUGAAUUCGUUUCCUUUGGGAUUUAUUUCUCUCCUGCGCUCGUGCUGUUCCUGAAUCAGUUCUACAGAAUAAGGCAUGGCUUCUGGGUCUGGUAGUUCCUAUGAAGGAGGCGUGGCCUCUAUACUCAUCAGUCCCAGUGAAAGAGGCGUGGCCUCUAUACACAUCAAUCACAACAAAGGGUACGUUUUGUUUUUCGGAUUAAAAUAAAACCGUUCUCUAGAUAUAAAAAAAAUCGCUUAUGCUGUGAUUUUAUGAACACAAUCUGAAUAUUUACAUAUUAAGAUCAAUAUUUAAACGUGUACAGUACAGCUUCCUGAACCUUCUCUCCAUGCCGUUACCUGCGUUUCUGGCCACGGCUCUGCGUGCGAGUCUGUGUUUGCGCGCUCGUUCGGGUUUGGCGUAGAACAUGGAGCCCUCCUCUCCCUCUCUCCUCCUCUGCAGCGGCUGAGACAGAUUCGCUCCGUCCGGCUCGGCCUCGUCUCCCGUGGACUUCACGCGCCUGCCGUCCCUCUGAGACACACAGCCAUCGGCCAAUCACUGGUCACUGAACACUAAACGGUCACUGUGCAACCGAUCGGACUUUUAAAUAAGUACAACAGGGCGCAAAAAAAAAAAAUGCUAGAUUCGGCUUACCUCGGGUGAGUGAAGGAGGGCGGAGUCACUGUUGCUGUCUUGAGGAAACUUCCUGUUCUGUGAGACAUGGUGAGAAUAAACAGGAUUAGCACGACGUCACUCAGCGCAGCUACAAAUGUGAUCCCGAGAAGGUGCUGCUUUACCUCGGACCUCCUGUGCAGGCCACGGUCUGCAACGUAAUGUCUAAAGAACGGACAAAGCAAAUAAAAAUCUGUCAGCCGUUUUAUACAUCACCACCGCCAUCUUCUUCAUCCUCCUCGUCCUCACCUGUCUGCACUGGCUCCCUGCGCUUUGUUCAGCAGCAGCUCCACGUACGGGAGUUUCUUGAAGCGCUCGGCACCCACGGCUACGAAACACUGUCCGCUCUCCAGCUCCUCCGCCGAGGUCACCGUCACGCCGUCCAGAGUGCACAGCCUGAGAGGUCAAAGGUCACACGAAAGCUUAACAUUAAACAAACAAAAAAAGAAACAACACCCGUCGACUGGAGUCUGCGGGCGGCGCACGCGCAGGUGUGUGUUUACCUGCGAACGGCGCCGGUGCGCAGCAUGGCCUUCUCCGAGACCAGCCUGAGAAUCUGCUCCAGGUUUUUCAGAACGCUCCGAGGAAUGAUGAAGCGCAUGGCAGGACUGAGGACGUCUCCGUUCCUGAACACGCUGCACAGAGACGGGGUGUGGGUCAGCAUGCGGGUGUGCCGGGAGGAGAGGACGUAAUAUAAGCAAAUUAUAAUAGAAUUAUAAUCAUUCCAUUUUGCACUAUAUAACUGUACUACAUUUCUGGAUGCUAGAAAAAUCUUUUGUAAAAUUCAGUAGCAAUAAACAUAAUAUUAUUCUUAGUAUUAUUUAUUUAUAUAUUUCUAUUGAGCGUUUCCGUCAGUCUCGAAAAUUAUUAAGUAAAUUAUUUAUUAAUGAAUAAUAACCACAUAAUAACUAACCCUUAAAUGCCUCAAUACGUUGCAAAAAUGACCGACACCCCGCAGGAAUAAAAGCAUGCCCGAGUCUGAACCAGGAGGUUCAGACUUGGGCAGCGAUGGAGCGUUCUACAAGACGAUGAACCGAAACUUGCUUCCAAAUGGCAGAAACCGAUGAAGGAUGAAUGAAGAGAGACGUUCACACACAUAAGAAUGACACCUUGUUAGAUAUUACAGAAAGAGCUUUUAAUGAAGGGUGCCAAUAAUUCUGGAGGGCACUGUAUAUGAAAAUAACGUAUAGGAUAAAAGGCUCAGGAGGCCCCUUUUACACUCUGUACAUCCAUGCUGUGUGUGUGUGUGUG